AUGGUGCUGAGGGAUCUUCCGGUGGAACACGCCACGCGGCCUCUGGGCAGGAACGAGGUGGUGGGGCUCCUGUUCCGCCUGACCAUCUUCGGCGCAAUCACCUACUUCACCGUCAAGUGGAUGGUGGACGCCAUCGACCCCACGCGCAAGCAGAAGAUGGAAGCGCAGAAACAAGCAGAGAAACUGAUGCGGCAGAUCGGCGUCAAAGACGUCAAGCUGUCCGAGUACGAGAUGAGCAUCGCCGCCCACUUGGUGGACCCCCUCAGCAUGCAGAUGUCGUGGCGCGACAUUGGCGGUCUAGACGAGGUCAUCGCCGAGCUGCAGGAGACCGUCAUCAUGCCCGUCCAAAAGCGACAUCUCUUCCAAGCCUCCAGACUGCUGCAGCCCCCCAAAGGGGUCCUGCUCUACGGGCCGCCCGGGUGCGGGAAGACGCUGAUCGCCAAGGCGACGGCAAAGGAGGCGGGCUUCCGCUUCAUCAACCUGCAGCCCAGCACGCUGACGGACAAGUGGUACGGCGAGUCGCAGAAGCUGGCCGCCGCUGUCUUCUCCCUGGCCGUCAAACUGCAGCCCGCUGUCAUCUUCAUCGACGAGAUAGACUCGUUCCUGAGGAAUCGCUCAAGCUCUGACCACGAGGCCACGGCCAUGAUGAAGGCGCAGUUCAUGAGUCUGUGGGACGGCCUAGACACGGACCACCGCUGUCAGGUGAUCGUCAUGGGCGCCACCAACCGACCUCAAGAUCUGGACUCGGCCAUCUUGAGGAGGAUGCCCACCAGGUUCCACAUAAACCAGCCGAGUUUGCAUCAACGGGAGCAAAUCCUCAAACUCAUCCUGGAAAACGAGAGCGUGGACGAGUCGGUGGAGCUUUUAGAGAUCGCCAAGGAAACGGAGGGUUUCUCCGGCAGUGACCUUCGGGAAAUGUGCCGCGACAGCGCCCUGCUGUGCGUACGAGACUAUGUGCAUACUCGCGGCGGCGAUGACGACGGCCCGUCAGAGGAUUGCAUCCGUCCCAUUCACGCGUCUGAUCUUCAGAAGGCCAUCGCCAAGAUGAAGAAAUCCAAGAUGGCCGGGAAUCACGGUGCCCUGCUACACGCUGCUCUGGAUUAAACCCCAACCACGAUGGCCCCUCCUAAACCUCUGCGACGCCACCGCUCCGAUUUCCACCCAGUCGCUGUGUUCAAUGUUCCCGUGCCAAGAUUUCUGAUCGCCAAACAUGUUUAUGAUCAGUCCACCAAAUUUACAUUUUAAAGUUGUUUCCCUAACAUGACAAAACUGUCAAACAGUUUCUUGCAUUUCUAUAAUUGGUGUCUGGUAAGUGCAAAUGGAAAAAAACAAUUAAAAAAACACUUUUCAGAAAUGCUCAUUUGUUUCAACUUUUGGUAUUUCAAUUUUCUUUGACUUGUGUUUAUUUGUUUUUCUAAAAUUGUAAUUUAUUUCUGCUGUUGUUGAUUUGUUUUAUUGAAAUGCCACUUUAUUCGGUUUUGUGUCUCAUGGUCGCUCAUUUGUUUUCUUUUGGUUAUGGUCUGGAUGACUCCUACUGGUCAAACUGUGUAUAGCUGAUGAAGUUGAAGUUGAAAAACAAUGUUAGAAAUACCCAUUGUGUUAUGUUGUGGAAUUUAAUUCAAUUUAAAAUAAAGCUGUGGGUGAAAGUUUCA